CAAGAAUCCAGAUCAUUACUUCUCAUGUGAAUGUGAGGCAGGAUAUGGCGGUCCCUAUUGCAACAUCAAUAUAGAACGCAUCUGCCAAAGAGCAAGUGGCAGUGAUGCUCCCUUUUGCCAAAAUGGAGGAACAUGUACUGUUGAUAUAGAUAACCCAUCAAUAGCUGUCUGUCUGUGUCCUGCCAAUUUCACUGGACCACAUUGUGAAAAACCUGGAUGUGCAUGUCCCCCUAAUAAAGCUUUGGACAGGCAAGAGGGGGUUACUAGAUUAUCAGAUGGAAUGGAUUGUGAAUCCACAGUUGAAUGGAGUUGCUCUCAAAGGAACUAUCCAGUAUUUAUAGAACCGGUGAAAAAGCAAACGUGUGUGAAUGGCAAAUGGGAGCCAGAAUUUGAAGGAGAUCCUUGGUGUGCUGCCUACACAAAAGUGAACCCCUGUGAAGAGUUUGUCAAGAGAGAUCUCUGCAAGGAGGGUUCCUGGUGCACAGUAGACGGAGAAACAUCUGAUGCCCAAUGUCAAUGUAGGCCAAACUUCAGAGGUCGCUUCUGUGAUGAACCAUCUGGUAAGUUC